CGAGUGCGCAGCGAAUAAUUUCUUUUUUAUAUCAGGUACGCCAAGUUGUUGCUUUUCAUUUAUUUUUCGUCAGUCUGCGGUGAAAGAUGGACAGUGACAAUAGUUCUAAACAGAGUUUAACGAAUUAUAAUGAGUCCGCUGAAAGUCAACAAAAUAAAAGUGAUUCACGAAAAACAUUUUCUCCUAAAUUAUCCAACGAAGAUUGUCGCGAAAUAUUGAAAACUUACUUAGGAUAUUCGGAAUUUGAACUGAAGACUAUUUCCUGGAAUUCAAUUAACCAACGUGAAGGUAAUUUAGGUGAUUACUACAUUUUAAACAUACAUUAUAGAAUAAAUGGGACAGAUCAAGAAAUAAACUUAUUCUCAAAAUUUUUGCCAAGUUUAAACGAAUCUACUAACUCUAUGGCUAAAAGUGGACCUUCAGAAAAAGAAGACUUCUUCUACACAGCCUUGGUAAAGGAUUUUAAGCGGGUAGGUCUAGGACCGUAUUUAGAUUUUUUUCCGAAGUGUUACUUUAGCAAAGUGAACUAUGUUUUGAUUUUGGAUAAUUUAGCUUUAUCAAAUUACGAACUGGUUAAACCUCCGAUUUUUUACACCUUCGACAUGACAAGGUUAACUAUCCGACAAUUAGCUAAACUGCACGCAAGUUCUUUGGUGUACGAGGAAAUGAAAUCAAUCGAACAAGGCAAGGAAUUUAGAAUGAACCGUACAUUUGGGAAAUAUCUGAAAGAAAUAUUGUUCCAAACAGAAGAGGUAGAUAAUGUGGCUCAAAUGACGAUAGUUGGUAUUAAGGCUAUAACAGAGUAUCUGAUUCCUCUGUUUACCGACAUACCGAAACAAAUUUCAAUGGAAGAGUUUAUCAAAAGGAGUCAAGAAGCUUUUAGAAACGUUUAUAUCAAACUAAAGCCGAGCUCACAAUUCCGUAACACAUUCUGUCACGGAGACGUUUGGACUACAAACGUUUUAUUCAAGUUUAACCAAAAUAAAAGUCCCAUAGACUGUAAAAUCGUCGACUACCAACUGACCAGGUACUGUCCGCCAGCUCAGGAUCUUAUGUCGCAUAUCUACCUCACAACUGCAAAAGAAUCAAGAACGAAAUACUUACAGUUCUUCAUUGAAGACUAUUACAAAAACCUAACAAAUAUCAUCGAUAAUUUUGGCUUAAAUAUCGAAAAGAUCUUGCCAAAAAAGGAGUUCCUGGAAAGUUGCGAUUAUAUGAAAGCUGAGGGAAUAUGCCAAGCAUUGCUUUAUGGUCCAAUCAAUUUGGUGGAAGAGAGGCAAGAUGUGUUUACAAACCAAGAAAAGUUCGAUGUAAUAAUGCUUAAAGAUAGGUCGGAAUUUGUUAAAGAGAUGAUGGAGAAGCAUCCCUAUUACAAGAAAACUCUGAAAGAUUUGAUAGAAGAUUUAUGUGAUGUUUGUGAAGAGGGUCUUCAUAAACUGUAAUGUAUUCCAAUUUAGCAAAUUUGUGUGACAUAUCUAUUUAGUUAGUUGUUAGGCACAAAUAUUAUGGAAUUAAUUUUUACUGAAAAAAUUACAAUGAGGGUUUAGAGAUAAGUCUAGUAUUUGUGAAAAGCCUGGUAUUUGUGAAAAGGAUCUACAGAAAUUUAUCAACUUUAUACUUUACAUACAUAUUUAAUUUAUAUAACGUUAUAUACAUAUUUAAUUUAAGUCAAUUUUGUAUUAAAGAAUUUGAAAUAAAAUUUUGCUGAUUAACA